UCCAGCUGUUAGAGAUGGUUAGUUUCAUGUUUGCUACCGCGUUUUCUAGGUGAAUACAAUAGAAAAGUAUUUAAUUAUUGAAAGCUAUACACGAUCACUUCCAGCAGAGACAUUAUGAGGACGUUAGAAGAGGUUCAGGCCACGCUUCAAAUCGCGAAGCUGAAGGAGGAAGAUUUGCACCAUGUAACUCAUUGUAUGUCAUUCAGUGAUGGUGUUUCCUCUGGAGAUUACUGUCUCAUGGAACUGGACGAUACACUCUGUAAACACAUCGAAGCGGGCAAAAGCCUAACAAUCAGGGGUGACAAAGAUGAGCAUGCAGUUCUGUGUAGUGAAGACAAGACAUACGACUUGAAAAUGGCGGAUACAUCCAAUUUGUUGCUGUUUAUGCCUGAUUGUAAGACUCCAGAGCAGCUGUCUGACAACUCAUCUCACCCCCAGCUCAUUCAUGCACAGAUCUGGGGUUAUGCCAACAGUUACUGGGAGCUGAAAGGCCAGCGGCCGAAGUUAAAGAAACUCAAGAAGCUGCUGAUGGAGAACUCAUAUACUGGCCCACCUAUUGGCAUACAGGAGGAGUCUUCAGCACAAAAGUUUACAAUGAAGGAUCUGCUUGAAAGAAUCCAGGCAAGUGAAGAAGAAAUCAUGGCUUGUCUGCAGACUAUUCAUGCUUGUCUCAUUGAUGGAUUCUGGUGCAUUUUGGAUUUUGAUUAUGAGCUGAAGCUCCUGGGUCAUGUGACUCAGCUUGUGGACUCGGAGUCCUGGUCUUUCAGCAAAGUGCCUCUUAAAGUGUGUCUGGAGGAACUCGCACCUCUAGAGCCCAAAGAGAUGAUAGAGCACUGUCUCAGCUGCUAUGGUAGAAGGUUUAAUACUGAAGACGGUGAGGUGAUGUAUGCAAUGGAAGAGGACAUAGUGUGCAGAGCCAUGGCUCAGAUGCUGCUGCAGAACGCCGUCAAGUUCAACCUGUCCGAGUUUCAGGAGGUGUGGCAGCAGAGUGUGCCCGAGGGCAUGAGUACCAGACUGGACCAGCUCAGUGGUUUAGCUCUGGUAGACCGCAGCUCGAGGCCAGAGACCAUAUCACUGCUGCUGGUAGAGGACCUGCCUGAAGACACACUGGAGCGUUUUAACAUGCUCUUCACGAUGAGGGAGAAGUGGACCCAGGAGGACAUAGAGCCCUAUAUAAAAGAUCUUUGUGGUGAGAAGCAAACAACUGGAGCUUUACUAACCAAACACGCUCGCUCGUCAAUGCAGAAUGGAGUUAAAGUCUAUAAUUCAAGAAGACCUGUAGCAACUUAAGUUUGUUUCACUUUUGUAUGAGUAAGACAGAAAGUAAAAAUUUUAAAUGAUUGUUCCUGUUUUUGUAUGUACUGUAGUUUGUAUUAUUUGAUAAUAAAACAGUUUCCUCAAA